UCCAUUAAUUUGAGAAAAACUAAUUUAAUAUAACUCUUUAUAUUUACUUCAAAUUAUAAGAACAAAAUCAUAUAAAUUAUGAUUAUAUACUUAACGAGAUUUUAUUUAAAUACUAUUGAGAUAUAUUUAUCAUAAAAUCAUAAGACACUUAUUAGAUUUUUUUUUCUCAAAUUGGGAUUUUUUAAAACCAUUUUGCUUUGGGAAUGGGUCAGUUUAACGAACUUGUAGACUAGAUACGCCAGGAACAGACCUGGUCAGGUACCACAGUGAAGAGUUAUUGACCCAUAAGCAGGUACAUGUGGGAUGAAUUGGAUAUCUUUGGAGCCGUGAUGCAAGUACAAUUAUUGGUAUAUUGAUCUGUACUCAGGUUUAAUCUAACAGUUCCCAUUUGGACGCAGUCAGCUGUUUUCAUAUCCCUGUGACAUAAUUCUGCUGACAAGUGUUCAGGGAUCUAUACCAUUGAUUUGUAAUUUAGUAUUGGCAGUGUUUGCCAUUGUUUUCUGUUCAUAUCAGCUGGGAUUUCCAAUUUCCUGCCAUGGUUGACAAGAAUAACAUGGAUGUGCAGUGACCAGUUGCUCGAGUUGUUGCAGUGGCAGAAUUUCAACGGACCACUGACUAGAGUUGCCAGAUUAAAGUGACCGUCAGCAGUGGCCAAAUUUCAACUGACCAGUGACUUUCCAGAGUGGCUAGACUAUAGUGACCAGUGACAGAAUUACUGACUGACUGGUGGCGGGAGUUGGAGUAACCAUGGUUACCAAGGACUGCCUGCAUGUACGGCGGGUGUGCACUGACCGGGUAUCACUACCUGCUAUUGAUCACCAGUAUCAAGGUAUCAACAUUGAGCAAAGAAAGCUGCAGCAGUUGAUUGGACUUUUGAAGCAGACAGAGCCGCAGAAAAAGGUACUAGACAGCAGUCCAGCGGUCAGUCAGACUGGACAGUGGCCGAGUGUUCACAGGGUGAAGGGUCAGAGCCUCCCACCAGAGACCUCCGAGCUGCAACGCUUCUGCCUACAGUACCAUGCUGAGAGGAACUUCAGCAAACAUGCUUGUCAUAAAAAGUUCCUGGAGCUGUUUACACUGCUUAUCAAGCUUCGACUUUGCAACAGGUUGGUCCACCCGUUGAACUCCCACGUAGAACAAUCUGUUCAAGUGUUCGCAGAUGUUAACUUUAUAAAUUUAGUCUCGCUCUAG